CACAGAGCGCAUGCGUGCCGCGGGGGAUGCCGGGAGCGCGCAGUGGCGGCAGCAGCAGCGACGGCAGUAACAGCGACCGCGCGAGCGGGGACACCAACGGGGCGGUGACCGUGUGGGAGGUGGUCUCACUCUUGGGGAAAUUGCUGGGGACCGUCGCCGCGCUGAAGGUGGUUCUGUACCUGCUCCGGGUGUGCUUCGCGAUGGCCUGGAAAUCCGGCGGCGCCAGCCACUCGGAGCUAAUCCACAACCUCCGCAAAAAUGGAAUUAUCAAGACAGAUAAAGUAUUUGAAGUGAUGCUGGCUACAGACCGCUCCCACUAUGCAAAAUCUAACCCUUAUAUGGAUUCUCCACAAUCAAUAGGCUUCCAAGCUACCAUUAGCGCCCCUCACAUGCAUGCAUAUGCACUAGAACUUCUGUUUGACCAGUUACAUGAAGGUGCUAAAGCCCUUGAUGUAGGAUCUGGAAGCGGAAUCCUCACUGCAUGUUUUGCACGGAUGGUUGGACAAAGUGGAAAAGUCAUAGGAAUUGAUCACAUUAAAGAACUAGUAGAUGACUCAAUAAACAACGUCAAAAAGGACGACCCAAUGCUUCUGUCUUCAGGACGAGUACGGCUGGUUGUGGGUGAUGGAAGAAUGGGAUAUGCUGAAGAAGCUCCUUACGAUGCUAUUCAUGUAGGAGCUGCUGCCCCAGUUGUGCCCCAGGCAUUAAUAGACCAGUUAAAGCCUGGUGGAAGAUUGAUAUUGCCAGUUGGUCCUGCAGGAGGAAACCAAAUGUUGGAGCAAUAUGACAAGCUACAAGAUGGCAGUGUCAAAAUGAAGCCUCUGAUGGGGGUGAUAUACGUGCCUUUAACAGAUAAAGAAAAGCAGUGGUCCAGGUGGAAGUGAUUUUCUCUUCUGCUCUUUCUUCUUCCACACAUUCAAGAGAUGAACUAUAAAAGCAACAUGAGCUUGACCAGUCUAUAACAUUGCAGUGGAUUGCUCAUCUCGGUCCUUACAGCAUUUGAAAACCAACAGCAUCACAGCUUGUUUUGGACUUUGUUACACUCUUAUUUUCAGCAUGAAAAUGUGUGGUUUUGUAGGAUUUCCUAAUUCAAAGAGGUGCAGAGCCAAACUGGUAGAGGAGGGCUGCAAAGUAUAACUUUGUGUGUUGUUUUAACAUGCCCACAUUUUAUUUUAAAAAUAUUAAAAGAAAGGGUUCUCCACAUGGAAAACCUAGUUUAUUAAUUAGUUUUGAAGAAUGGCUUUGCUUUUCUUGAACACUUAAUUCUGUUCCAAUAUUAAUUUAUCAGACUUCUUUUGUGCAUCAGAUAACACCACCAUUCACAAGUUUAGGUUUCUUGGUAGCUGAUGUCUGUUAGAUGCUACUAAGAAAAUAGAGAUGAGCUUUCUUUUUAAAGCUUUCGACGUGGUGUCAUAGGAUAGCAUGUUGUAGAUACAAUCAGCUGCUGUUACCUUAAAACUAGUUGUUUGUAAAUACUGAAACCUCAGACGACGGCAGGUGGUGUCCUGUAAACACUAGCUGUUCAGAUUGGACAUCUCUGAUGUAAUUUUCCUCUAAAAAUGAUAGGAGGUUGUAGCUCAAUAUUGUUUUCUGUUUCUAGUUUGCUGCUGAUACUGUAUCUGCGCCUAACAUGCUGUGUAAGCUGUCUGCACAGUUUAUACAGCGCUGCUUUGCCAAAUAAAAUUAAAAGCAAAAGAAGCAUUGGUGGCGUUUGACUCUAGAAGAACAGAGGUCUGCUAGGUCCAGAUACUGCCCACAGUCACGGGGGAAAGUGUCUUCUGCUGCUGCUGCAGUCUGUGAACUCCUAGGAGGUAAAUAUGUAUAGCAUUAGUCCACAGUACAUGGCUGCCUUCCUUCAGGACAGAGACUGUGCGCUCAUUGUUUGUCACUGCCUUCCCAGCCCAGGGCUUGCUAUUUAGUAGCUCUGUAGUAAAUGUCCAAUGAGUGAGUGGCUGAAGUUAGUAUCGGGGAAGAAUGUGGUUGAGAAUAAACUUACCAAAAUCUAUAAGUAGACUCAUUCAUUUAAUAACUGUAAAGUGUGUGAAGGCAAUACAUUUUGAGGAUCUUAUUUAUGUUUUCUAAGACUUUAGUUUUUGUGAAGUUUCUAGAACUGAAGGGAAGAUUAUCAGCUCCCAAUAAGUGGGGCUAGCUUCCCCAGCAGAGCCUUCCAUGUGAAGGGCACAUGGUUCUGACAUUUCUUAGUGUGUGAGAAACCCUUCCCCACUCUCCAAGUCUUCUAUCACUAACUAGAAGUCAUGCAGACAUCAUCUCACAAGUGUCUUCUUGGCUGAGGUCUCAGUCACAAGAAACUAGCAUUCUGUGGUCCCACAGACUUGAAAAUCUUACCCAGCUUUGGUUUGCUUUGGAAUCCUGGUAGUGAACUCUGGUGUCUAGGAUGCAUGGUUAUUUGAAGUAUGUGUGAAGGUUAAAUGUUCUUUCAGGCUUUAAAGCAAAUAAAAUUUUUACCGUACCACUUGCCUAGAUCCUUGGUAGUCAUCACACCAUGUUACAUGCAGAUCUCUAUUAGGUUUUGGGAUAGAAAAAGGCAUUCUAUACCAGUAGUUUUCAGUGUGGUUGAGGAGAGAGUUUGUAAAUAAGCAUUAUAAACUGCCCCCCAAUUUGUACUGCCAUCCAAUUCUUGGAUUUUACCCUUUUAGAAGGUGAAAUUUUAGGAUGUCAGAUAAACAGUUUUAAUAAAACAUCACUGAGUGGGUAGAGAUAGAAAUAAUCAUUUUAAUGAAAUCUGAGCCUUUAAAAAGAGUUGAAUUUAUGUAUGUGUAUAGGAGAAAUGAGAAAUGUUUGAUAAUUUCAAAGCAUUUUAUUUUCCCUAAUAGAUAUUGUGCCUGUAUAUAACAUAAAGGGCAAUGAAGAUACUUCAGGAGGUUGUAGGCUAGUCUGAUCUUGUGAAAUAAAUUUUUCCCUAUAGAUUUGAUCUUGCUGAAAGCCAUACUUGGCUAUCAAAUGUUGGUGGCAAUAAGCUUACAUCAGGGUUCAGUUUCUAUUAAGGGCUGCUGCUCUUUCUCAGACAGGAACAGUACAGAACACAUCAUGGGAAAAUAAUUCAUAACCACUGUCCAAGUGAAUAUUUAAAAGUCCAUUCCCUACGAGAUGCUAUUGUUCUGUAGGGGAAUGGGGGGGGGGUUUGCUGCCAAGCCUGAGAAUCUGAGUUUCAACCCCAAGACGUACACGGUAGGUCUCUGACCUUCACACACAUUGCGGCAUGGUGGCAUAUGCCUGAAAUCCCAGCACUUGGGAGGCCGAGUUAGGACGAUUACAGGGCAUCCUCAGCUACACAGCAAGUUUGAAGGCAGCCUGGACUCCAUGAGACCCUGCCUUUAAAAGAGAAAAAAAGUACAUCUCUUCACUAAAACAUCUUAAAAUGUCAGUGGAUAGUAUAAUUUUUUAGUAAUAACUUCAUAAACUCUUCAAGGGAUUCUUAGUGUGUGAUUACCACCAGGAGGUAAUUCCUCUGAGUUUGUAAGGCAUUUUUUGCUCAGGAAGAGGUAGAUUUUUCUAGUUUCUAGUAGUUUAGUGUACCACUAAAGGAACUCAUGCCUGUGUGGUAACCUAACACUAAUAAAAAAAUAGCAAGCAUGGGUCAUUUUAUAAAUUGUUCUAGAAUUCAACAGGCUGAUAACUUAUUUAGUAUGCAUAAUUAUAUGUAUAAAUUCUUGCAACAUAUAAGUCAUUUCUUACAGCUUCCUGUGUUCCUAAUGACUUAAUAGCUUAGUAUGUUCUGCAGUAAAACGGCUCUGACUGGGGUUUGGUUACAUCUCUGGAUUUCUCCUACCGUUUUUCAGAAGGAUGGCAGUAUUUUGUUCUUAGCGUACGUAAAGGUUGUCCAUAAAAGGAUCCACUUGAAAGGGGACUAGCCCAAGGAAGCUUGUGACUGUGCAUUGUAAUAUAAUAAAAUGGAAAUGAAGCAUAAUAA